UAUUCCACACUCUCAGUCACCACCUCAUUUGCCCUUACAGAGGCCGCGUCCCCCCAAGAGCGGGAGCAGCUCUUCCUACAGAAGCUUCAGCAGUGUUGCGUGGUCUUUGACUUCCAGCCUGAUCCCCUCUCCGACCUGGCGGGCAAGGAGGUGAAGCGAAACAUCCUCAACGAGAUGAUCGAGCACGUCCUGGAGGCCAGGGGCGCCAUCACUGAGCCCAUCUACCCCGCGGUUGUAAAGAUGAUCGAAGCCAACGUCUUUCGCACCCUCCCGCCUCCGAGCAAUCCCUCCGGCGCCGAAUUCGAUCCUGAGGAGGAUGAGCCGACGCUAGAAGCCUCGUGGCCACACCUUCAGCUCGUCUACGAAUUCCUUCUGCGUUUUGUUGAGUCUCCUGAAUUCCAGCCGAACGUCGCCAAACGGUACAUCGAUCAGCGGUUCGUUCUUCAGUUGCUGGAACUCUUCGACAGCGAGGACCCUCGGGAAAGGGACCUCGUGAAGACCAUCAUGCACAGGAUCUACGGCAAGUUCCUCUUUCUCCGCUCCUACAUCCGAAGGCAGUUUAGCAACGUUUUUUACAAAUUCAUUUAUGAAACAGAACGCCACAACGGGAUCUCUGAAAUGCUCGAAAUCCUCGGCAGCAUCAUCAACGGUUUUGCGGUGCCGCUGAAGGCGGAGCACAAGACCUACCUCAUGCGCGUGCUCAUCCCCCUGCACAAGGUCAAGUCCCUCAGUGUGUACCACGCCCAACUGGCCUACUGCGUGGUUCAGUACCUCGACAAGGACCCCAGUCUCACCGAGCAGAUUGUGCUGGGCUUGCUCAAGUACUGGCCCAAGAUGCACAGCCCCAAGGAGGUGAUGUUCCUGAAUGAGCUGGAGGAGAUUCUCGACGUGAUGGACGCCACUGAGUUCAAGAAAAUCAUCAAGCCUCUUUUCACUCAGCUGGCCAAGUGUGUCUCCUCGCCUCACUUCCAGGUUGCCGAACGGGCGUUGUACCUGUGGAGCAACGAGUACAUCCUCUCUCUCAUGACGGACAACGUUGAGUCCAUCCUCCCCAUCAUGUUCCCCGCACUGUACAGGACAAAGCAACACUGGAACAAAACCAUCCACGGAUUGAUUUACAACGCGUUGAAGUUGUUCAUGGAAAUGAAUCAGGUGCUUUUUGACAGUUGCACCACCAAGUACAAGGAGGAGCGUCAACGGGAGCGCGAGGAGGCCAAACGCCGCGAACGCGCCUGGGCCACUCUCAACGCCACCGCCAUGAAGAACCCGCUGUACCAGCAGGUCGUGUCGGGCGACGUCGCUGUCCUGGCCAACCCCGUGCCGCCCACCCAACUCCCCAAGACCAGUGCUUACCCGCAUCAGCAGAAGAACGGCGACACCAACGGUGGCUCCGCGGCCUCAACCAGCGCCGACGUCGCCGCGUCAUGUCGGAACGGGGAACUCGUGGCCACUGGCAGUCCCCCCAUCGACAACGACGACGAUGUGAACGCAUCCCUCCGGUCGUUGCAGCAGGAGAGCGAGGAGGAGGUUCGAAAGCUGGGCGGUGAGGGACAGAGUACGACGGCGUUGCCCUUCCUGGUGCGCAAAAAGGAGACCACAACGGCGGCGGCGUCGCUUCGUCGGAAGUCGGACCUUCCGCAGGACCAGGGGACGAUCCGAGCGCUGGAGCAGCACAAGCGCCCUGACCAGUUCCUCGCAACCCAGCCAGAUCAGUAG